AUGUCAAUAACACAUCAGUGUGUAGGUAAUAAUAUGCUGAUUUAUAUGAUUCUAAAAUACUAAUCAGAUAGAUCAGGUUCUCUCUAUCUAUCAUACAUUAACCACCACUGUUCCUCUCUCUUUCACUUCCUCCCUCCACUAUGAUCUUCCUCUGGCAGCUGGAGCCAUCUUGAUACGAUCUCCUGAGCAGAGUCUGACCAGGCCUGUCCAACAGGAUGUAUUGUUCUCUGUGGACAUCUCCUGUGUUGGGAUUCCCACCAUACAGUGGACCUUUAUGUCUGGCAGGGUGAGCAGAGACAUUGGGGCCUGGCAACCUGGGGGGUAUACCAAUGUAUCAGAGGACUACAUGGACAGAAUCCACACAUACACUAAUGGAUCUAUGGGACUGUCGGACCUACGUAUUCAGGACACCGGUUUCUACGUGAUCACUGUGACUGAACUGUCCGGGAGCAGCAAAGAUGCAGGAUUUGUCUUGAAGGUGGAAGGUGAGUGGAUAGUGGGCGCAGGCCUAUAUGUGGUCCUCUGUAGCUCAGCUGGUAGAGCACGGCGCUUGUAACGCCAAGGUAGUGGGUUCGAUCCCCGGGACCACCCAUACACAAAAAUGUAUGCACGCAUGACUGUAAGUCGCUUUGGAUAAAAGCGUCUGCUAAAUGGCAUAUUAUUAUUAUAUAAAAUGUGGCAUUUUGCUUUAGGCUACAAUGUUAGUGUUUCAUCAUAGCUGACAUUUACAAGAACCCCUUUAUGGAACUGUUUUACUCUCAGUCCUGGAGACAGUUUCUGUAGCAGCCUUAUGGUGUUAUUGAACAGUAUCUUUAUGAGUAGUUCAGUACAAGUGACCAUCAUUGAACUCUACCUUUAUGAUUAAGCUAGUUUAGUGGAAAUGAGAAUUAACAUUGUGUGUUCUCCCUCACUGUGUUGUAGAGGUUCUGUAUGAGGACUUCCAGUAUCUGUCAGUGUUUGCUGUAGUUCUGGCCUCCCUGGCUGGCUUUCUCAUGGUCUCCAUGUGGCUCAUGGACAAAGCCUACUGCCGGAUCAAGGCAUGGAGACAUAGGAGGCAGAUGCCAGGUAAAUACUUUUAGAAUGAUUUUGGUGUAAUAGAAACAUUUAGUAAUUCAAUGACUCAAGUUUGAUUGUUCUUGUGUGUACUCGGUUUGUGUCAUUGAAUUUCUCUUUUUUUAUUAUUAUCUCCAGAGAAUGAUAUAACGGAGCUGCAACCUCUCUGA